AUGGCCCCCCUCAUCACCCACCUCUACACGGCCGACCCGUCGGCACACGUGUUCGAGGGCAAGGUCUACAUCUACCCGUCGCACGACCGCGAGACCGACAUCCAGUUCAACGACAAUGGCGACCAGUACGACAUGGCCGACUACCACGUCUUCAGCACCGACUCGCUGGACCCGGCGGCCCCCGUGACCGACCACGGCGUCGUGCUCAAGACAGAGGACAUCCCCUGGGUGUCCAAGCAGCUGUGGGCCCCCGACGCCGCUUUCAAGAACGGCAAAUACUACCUGUACUUCCCGGCCCGCGACAAGGAAGGCAUCUUCCGCAUCGGCGUGGCCGUGGGCGACCGGCCCGAAGGUCCCUUCACGCCCGACCCGGAGCCCAUCAAGGGCAGCUACAGCAUCGACCCGGCCACGUUUGUCGACGACGACGGCCAGGCCUACGUCUACUUCGGCGGGCUCUGGGGCGGGCAGCUGCAGUGCUACCAAAAGGGCCACGACGUGUUUGACGCGGAGUGGCAAGGGCCCAAGGAGCCGUCGGGCGCAGGCGUGCACGCGCUCGGCCCGCGCGUGGCCAAGCUGACGGACGACAUGCGGCAGUUCGCGGCCGAGGUGCAGGAGAUCAAGAUCCUGGCGCCGGAGACGGGCGAGCCGAUCCUGGCGGACGACCACGACCGGCGGUUCUUUGAGGCUGCUUGGCUGCACAAGUACAACGGGAAGUACUACUUUAGCUACUCGACGGGCGACACGCAUUACCUGGCGUACGGCGUGGGCGAUAGUCCGUAUGGGCCCUUCACGUACGGCGGGCGCAUCCUCGAGCCGGUGCUGGGCUGGACCACGCACCACUCUAUUGUUGAGUUCCAGGGCCGCUGGUGGCUGUUCCACCACGACUGUGAGCUCAGCAAGGGGGUUAACCACCUGCGGUCGGUCAAGGUCAAGGAGAUCUUUUAUGAUAAGGAAGGGAAGAUUGUCACCGAGAAGCCGGAGUAG